UUCUUCAGAUUUUUUUUCUACAGGAGAAUUUAGACAUAUUUAUGAUCAUGUGAUUUAAAUGUCUCUGUUGAAGAAAAAAAUUCAGGAAAUUCUAAUGCAUGUUAGCCUACCUAUGUAUGUGAUGUAUCUUUGAAAAUAAUAAUAAAUGAAUAUAGUCACAAAGGGAAGGGAAAAAAAAAAAAAAAGACAUUGUGAUAAAUGUAUAAGACACAGUCACUACUUUUACACCCAUCCGACACAAUCGGGAUCGUUAUUCUUGAAAAACUGGGACAAUAAACAUUUGUUCGACGAAAAUUUAGUUGAAUUUUGACUCUGUUUACAACUUUAUAAAGUCAUAUGUUAAAGAUUGAUAUAGAGCAAAAAUGAGUUACCAGAAGUUUUAUACAAAUCCAAUCCAGUCCAGUUCCUUGCUGUGCCAGCUUGCGACCAUGUGGAAGAAUGACAUCAUGUGUGAUGCUGUAAUAAGGGCCGGCGCUAUCACCACAAAGGCUCAUAGGGUGGUUAUGAUGGCAGCAUGCCCUAUGCUUCAGUCGAUGGAUCAUGUUGCAUCAGGAUCCCAGCUGGAAAUUCGACUAUCAGCAGACAUUAAGCUUCUUUCCAUCCAAUCCUUCCUUCAGUACUUAUACGAGGGAUUCAUGAUGGUGACUGAAGACAACUACAGAGACAUUGAAAAGAUCGGGCGUCUCUUACAAGUGGACAGUGUCAUUAAGUGCUGUGCAGAUUUCUGUAAGACUCUCACAGAAAAAACAAGGUCUCUGUCCAGUAGAGACCAGUACCCCUACUCAUUCUGUGACAUGAUUGAAUUCCGACAUGUCCGAUCCUCAGAACUACAGAAAACUAUGUCAGAAAGUCAUGUCAAAAGGUCAAAUGAUAUGCCAGGGUAUGACAACAGUGUCAAAAGAAGCAAAUCAAGACACAACAGCGGUCUGACAACAAUAACCACUACCAGUAACCUUCUCAACCAAUCAAAAACUCACCCAAAUGGAAAUAUUAUACAGGACAGUUUGGAGCUCAUACAGACAGAGCCGGCAGAUACUGGGGGAGCACGUCAUAGUAUUGGGGUGGGGGUGAUCAGUCACAGUGAAAGAAAUAAAGAGACUAGUGUCAUCGUCCCAAAAGGAGAUUGUAAUGACCCUGCUGCCACUGCUGUGAUGAGCAGUCCUCCUUGUACAACUGCACCCUGUCCGUCUCUCAACACAAUGUCUAGAACUCUGUCGUCAUCCCUACCUAACAGUCCUGUCAGGGGACAGUCGCGUGGCCUCUGUUCCUCGGCAGAACCGACCUCUAACACAAAGAAUGAUGGUCCGCGGGACUUAAGUGAUAGAACGAUGGUGAUUGCCAGUUAUCAGGCCGACUCCUGCGAACCCAAUAAAUGUAAAGGUUCUGAGGAACACAGGCCAGAGUCCGGUGACCGGCUUUGUCCCGAUUUGAGUAUUGUGAAGGUGGAAUCAAGAUCCCAUGAGGAGGAGGAGGAGGCAAACAGCAGGCUCAGGGAGCAGGAGCAAGUAUCAGCCGAUUAUAGGGACAGUGGAGGUCACAAACAGAGGUCAAGGACAGAGAGCAUUGACACAGAUCAGCAGGGAAUCAUCAGGAGGUCGUGCGAUGAAACAGCACAGAAUGACGCUUUGAGAUGUUCCUCUGGUAGUGUAAUUCAUCGACAUUCGGAGGCCCAGCCAUCUUGCCUGCAGGAUACCCAGGAUCAACAGUCUGCUGCUGAUCACAGAAGCUAUUACAGAUUAAAUCAUCUAGGUAAACUGCCCAAACCGCACACGGUCGGAUCCCCUCCUUACACAUCAACGUCUGCCACCUCUUCCAUGUUCCUAUCUUCGUUGUCUGGCAUGUCCCACUUAAUGCUACCGAUGCCUAUCCACCACCCCAUCACUUCUAAACCAUCACAUACAGGACUGAUCGACCUCUCCGAGGACAUCGAGGAGAUCCAAAAAUCCGGGGACAACCAGCCUUCAGCACAACACAGACUGAUGUACAUCCCCAACAGGAAGCCAUGCACCUGGUGCCAGAUUAAGGGGGUGAAGACCAAGUCUGGCUGGUAUUGUUAUGCCAGUUAUAAGUGUGAAGUCUGUGAUGUUCCUCUAUGUAAACAAGGCAGAGUGUGUUUUCUGGAGUACCACAAACAUAUAGGGAUCCCAGAAUCAGAGAUUGUCAAUCCUAACAAUGACUCAAAUAGUUCAUUUAUCUUUGAUUUUAACUCAAGUAAGUAGAUUUAUGAGUGUUUAUUGGAGGGUCGAUACGAGUUGUACUGUAGGAAGUUGAGAAAAUCCUUGAAUUGGAAGAGAUUACAUUUUUUGCCUGUAUGUGCAUGAACUUUUGAUAUAUUUUUAUUUUUGUAGAUUAUGUGAAUAUUGAUACGAAUGCAGAGUGUUGUUUACACUUAUAACUGGCUGUAUCAGCAUACCAGUUAAUCAUGUUUCUCUCUAAAUGAAUAACUCAUUAACCUUAUCCCCAUUACAUACUCUCUUUUAUUGUGUAAGCCCACCUGAUCUAAAGGCUUGUGUAAGUUUUAUUGAUAGAUGUGUUUUCUUAUGUCUGUACAUAUGUACAUCUAUAAAACUUUUUACUUUUCUUAACUUCUCCAGAGCCAAUAGAUCGUACACAGCUAAAGUUAUGGUGAAGGGCUUCAGUUUUCCUCUAAUGGAAAGCACUCCUCAUUCCAACGAGAGAUAACUCGAAACAAAAAGUGAGCAUAGGAUGGAGUCAUUAAGCAUUAAUCAAAAAAUGUAGAAAAAUUAGUUGAGAAAUACUAAAUUUAUCCUAUUGAUAUUAAGGCAUUCUUAUUCAGUGUUGUUUUGAAGUGUGUUCAGACUGUUGCAAGUGUGGUAUGUAGGGUAAGAAUACAAGAUUUUUUAAUAGAACCCUCUGAUGAUUGAAAAAUUUUAAUUAAGGUUGUUUUUUUUUACAAUGAUUUAGCAAAAAUGUGUUGUCUAAAUAACUCUUAAAAUCCUUAUUAGGUACACAGUUGUUCAAUCAUGAGCCUUUCAAUGGCAGAUCUAGAUUUUACUGUGGGGGGUUUUGAGGCCCAAAGGCCCAGGGAAAAUGUUAAAAAAGAUUGAUUUAAAAUGGUGCAUUUUAAUGCAUUUUCGACUGAACUUCUUGUUCCGUCUUCCUUUCAUUUAUAAUCACCACAUCCUUUAUAGGUUCGGGUGUGGUAAAAAAAAAAAAGAGAGAAGAGCCAGGGAGUGGGGGGUCCAAACCACCCUAAAUCUGCCACUGAGUGGGGGGUCCAAACCACCCUAAAUUUGCCACUGCCUUUGCUUCUUGUUAAGCCACUUUUAAAAAGAUACCAAAGGUUGAUAAUGUUCAUAUCAGGUAAGCAUUGUGGAUGAUGGACUUCUUGCUUUUUCAUGGUAUAUCAAUACAUGUACAGUUGUGUUUGAAUAUUAAUAUUAUUAUUGAUAUUAUGCCCCCAUAAUAAGAGAUUCAGGGGCCUAAAACUUUUGGUUAUUUCAUUUGUCUGUUAGUCUGUUUGUUCACAGUUUGUUCACAAGAACUUCAAUCUUUACGGUAACGUUUGAACAGUAAGUGCUAGAGCUUUCAUAUAUAUAUAUAUAUAUAUAUAUAUAUAUAUAUAUAUAUAUAUUCUUUAUUGAUGAAGACAUACGUCUUAUGGCAUACAUGUUUACAGAAAUAAUAAGCGAGUUAACAAUUGUAUGGCAUGGCAAUAUAUGGUAUGUGACACAAUAUUGAUGUGAUUUUAUAGACAGAAAAUGCUAUGUAAGUAAAAUAUUACAUAAAUUAAAGGCACAGUAAAGAUAUUUCCCCCAAAUUACACAACUCCUUGAAAUUUUUUACACUUAAUAACUGUAUAAGUGUAAAAACAGACGGUUUUUUCCAAUGAUACCUCUUGAUAUAUUUCCUACGCAAUUCAAUAAAGCAAGGGCAUUUUAAAAUAAAAUGAAAUUCAUCCUCAAUAUCUAAAUUACAAAGUUUACAAUAGAAGUUAUUUCUUGCAACAUUAAAAUGAUGUCCACUCUCAAUGGCAAGAUUAUGCGAAGACAUUCUAAUUCUACAAUUUUCUUUUUAAUAAACAUGUGGUAUAGCCUUCAUCAACAUGAUCAAGUAAAAUUGCAAUGAAAAAUAGUCAUAAAUGUACUUAUAAAUUUUACAUCUUGGUGAGGAGUUGAUUUGUUCAACAAUACUCUGCACAAAAAUAUCAGUAAUUCUUUGCUUAAUUAUUGGGAAAUAAGUAUUACAAUAUACGCCAUUAUAUUCUUGAUUACACCAUAUAUGAUCCAAACUUUUAUCAAAUAGUUUGUUUUUUAUAUGGAUAGCCCAAUUAAUCACAUGAUUUCCAUCUUUUUCAGCUUCUUCGUGUAAACUUUUGUAACAUGUUUUCAAAAUACAAUUUUCACUUUGUAAUAAUUUAAACCAAAAUUUUAAAAUUCUAAACCAGCGAACAAUGUUCAUGGACAGUCUGCCAGUUUCUAUAUACACCUUAGCAUUAUUUGUAUUUUUCCUGACACCCAGUACAGACUAAACGUAUUUCCUGGAUAUUUGAGAUGAUAAAUAAAUUUAUAUGAUAAUUAUAUAUUUUUUAAUUUAUCAAAAUAUUGAAAAUAUCAUUGAAAAAGUGUUUCCUUAAAUGACUUUUUAUCUAAAUUUCCAUGGGAUGUUCACCAUUUUGGAAAUCGUGACGCUGAAAGUUGCUCACCAAUACGAUGAACCAGUUGCUCAUUAUCUCUCCUUUAAUUCCUACUGUACCAGAUAGCCUGCCUCAGUAUACACAGCUGACAGUAGCGAGUUCAAUGAUAUGUUGAUUGAUUGCAUAUUGUUUAAAGUCCCUCUCGAGAAUAUUUCACUCACGUCACCAUUGCCGGUGAAGGGCUGUAAAAUUUAGGCCUAUGCUCUGCGCUUAUAACCAUGGAGUAGGGAGGGAACUUUAUCGUGCCUCACCUGCUGUGACACGGGACCUCGGUUUUUACGGUCUCAUCCUGAAGGACCGCCCCAUUAAGUCGCCUCUUCCGACAAGCAAGGGGGUACUGAGGACCUAUUUUAACCCGGAUCCCCACGGGACUUGAGAUAAAUUGUAUAUAUGUGAUAGUAUAUUCAUGAAAAUUAACAUCAAUCAAUAUGGUCAUAUGUAAUCAGGAUACGUUUAUUAAAAUUCUGUAGACAGAUCCCCAAUGCCUUAUGAUGUAAAUAUGUCCUUGAAAUAAUUAUAUCUUAUUAUUAUUUAUUUAUUUUUGAAAGUGUGAUAUAGAAGUACGAUUUGCUUUCGUUAAUGCAAAGACAUAUACAUGUAUAGCCGUUUAGUAACACGUCUACGGUUAACGAUAUUCAUAUGUUGAUGUUGGACACAUCUUCGCUAGCCAAGGGUGACGAUCCACGGUGUUUCUCUAUUCAGAAUAGAGAAACACCGUGGAAUGACACCCUUGGCUAGCGAAGAUGGUUUGGACCCCAACACCGUUUAAGCAAUAUACAGUAGUUCGAGAGUUUUAACAGAGCACUUGCUAUUGAAUACGUCACAAGAGGAUAGUUGUAUUUGUUUAUCUGUGUUGUAAUUUAGCAUUUAACCAGAUCACAUGAAGCUGACUACCGCUGUCACAAAUGGAGUUCUUAAUCGUUAGCAUUAGUUUAUCUGUGUUAUAAUGCAGACAGUUUGUGGCUGUUAUUAGCAUUUGGAGGAACUACCACGUGAUACAGUAUUUACGGAAAUACCUGAUCACUUCCGAGUAUGUCCAGUAGUAUCAUGUACAAUGCUAAUUAAAUUUGACGUCAACCGUCGACAAUCUUAAUAUGACAGAGUAGUCAGUUUCACUGUGAACAAUUUUAACAGUUGUCCGACUUUUUUUAUUUAUUUGUAAACCUGUAUGUACAGUGUAGUAUAGACGCACGAGAACCUUGCCAAGUGUUCCCCUUUUCUGCUUUGUUGCUGUGCAAUUAUGAAACUACUAGGAAGUAAUGAAAAGCAAUGAACUAGGUAUCUCAUAUUGAAAUAGCUGGUAAUUUUUUUUUAUUUGAUCGACAGAUUUAACAUUUUAAGAACAAUAGUAAGCUUCAUUAGUAACAAUCGUGUUUAGGCGUGUGAUUUUGUGAAGAAUUUAAUAUAUUUAUGUUAGAUUGUGGGGAGAAAAUAAACACUUGUUGUUUUGUG